AUGGGUUCCGAAAAAGGAAGAUCCUGCACGACAAACCUGCUGCAAUCUCUCCAGAGCUGGACCCGAGCUCUCGACGACAGGCACGCGGUCCACAUAGCCUUCAUCGACUUCCAGAAGGCUUUCGACACUGUGCCACACCAAAGGCUCUUACAUAAGCUGAAAAGAAUAGGGAUCGGUGGCAACUUCCUUAAAUGGAUCGAACACUUCCUUGUGGGUCGACACCAGGUUGUGUGCGUCGGUCGGGGAAAAUCAGAUCCGGCUAUGGUCGAUAGUGGUGUCCCCCAGGGUUCAGUACUGGGACCCAUUUUGUUCCUUAUCUACGUGGACGAUGCCGCAAGAGAUUUAGACUGUGAAGUAACAAUGUUUGCGGAUGACAUGAAGAUAUGGAGUGUAAUUCGGGGUCCUGCCGAUGGAGACAGACUGCAGAGGAACCUGAAUCGGUUGGAGGAGUGGUCAAACCGUUGGCUCCUGCGGUUCAACGUUGCCAAAUGUAGCAUACUUCGCCUAGGCAACACAGCCAGAUCCGCCAGCACAAGAGGCUACUUUCUGGGCGGUGCAGCCCUACAAGAGGUCGAAGCCCAAAGGGACCUCGGUGUGCAUACGACGAGUUCCCUAAAACCAUCCGCCCACUGUUCGAGGGUGGCAAAAAGCGCAAUGUCCGUACUGUACGCCAUCAAGCGUGCGUUUAUGGACUUUGACGAAGAAGCUUUCUCUAAGACAUUCGGAACAUCCGUCCGGCCGCAUUUAGAGUACGGUAUACAAGCUUGGAGGCCGUGGGCUGUUGUGGAUCAAAACUGCCUCGAAAGAGUCCAGAGGAGAGCCACGAAGAUGGUUAGGGGUCAAAGCUCCUUCCCUUAUGCAACCCGCCUAGUAAAUCUGAACCUCUUUCCUUUGAGUUACAGGCAACUUCGCGGGGAUCUCUUGCAAGCCUUCCGCAUUGUAAAGGGGUUGGAUUGCAGUCUGGCCUUCGAGGACUUUUUUGAAUUUGCUACCACGACCAACCUCCGAGGUCACCCGUUAAAACUGCGCAUUCAGCAGGCACGGCUGGAUGUGCGGAAGUUCUCCUUCACGGUUCGGGUGGUCAAACCAUGGAAUGAGCUUCCCACUGAUAUUGUGAUGUCACCAUCUAUACAAAGUUUUAAGAAGAAUCUGGACAUAUUUAUGUUCCGAAAUGACCAUGAUCGAUGA